AUGAUAGACUUACAAUUUUCAGUAAAUUUGUAUAAAGAUAAAGGAUAUUUAGAUGACUUUUACAAUAAAAUAGCAGAUAAAUUAGCUAAAGAAAGUUCCUUAAAACCUAUUCUUAGUAUUAACA